UCAACAAGUAUCUUAUCUCUCUAGCUUUGAUCGCACCGAUGUGAGCUGACCGGGGAUAUUCUGUUCUGGGUAUGAACGUCCAUGACAUCAUGGAUAAUGUCACGAGAAAAUCCCCAAUUGGACCCCAAAUCCUCAAACUCGGGUUACUACGCCCUCAAUCUACGUAGCGUAAAGUUUUCUGGUUUACCCACAAAUAUCGUACCUGGUAAAAAACUGACCUGUCUUCGAUCGAGAUCGAAUUUGCCCCUAGUCUUGACAUUUGCAACCCCUAAGUGGUCGGUGAGCUCCGUCUCCAAUAGCUAUAGCUGUGCGCGGGUGAGCUUCGCACAAUCAUACCCACUAAAACUUUCCACAGCUAUCCAUAUUUUCUUACCUCACGCGCGCAGGAUGUGAGGUGGAACCAGAAAAUCGAGGAGGUCCCAGUAUGGCCUCCUCAUGCCUAUAUAUACACCCUCCCGCAGCCCCUCAUCGAGCUGUAUCAACCCCAAAAUACAGAUUCCAAAACCCCCCAAUACAAAUUCCAACAAAAGAGAGAACCAGCAACACAAACACACACAAUGUCCUCAUACGACAACACCACCGGAUACGUCGGCGGCGGCUACGACAACCCCGAUCAGAUGAACACCCAGGGCUGGGGCCAGACCGACAACGUCGAGAACACCGGCAUGGGCCCCGCCGCCUUCCCCCCUCGCCGCGGCUCCCACACCUUCGGCAGCCAAGGCAACCCGGGGAUGGGCACCACCAGGGGCCAGGACCGCACCUCGUCCUACUACGACGAUGACAGCUACAACGCCGGCGCCGCACGCGGUCCCCGCUCUGCUUCCGCCACGGAGGACUCGUAUAACCCCGGUGGUCGUGCGGGCGAUCCUGGCUACGGACCGAGGAGGAGCAGCAUGGGGAGCGUGAGUAGCAUGCGCAGCUUUGACGAUUCGCAGCACCUCGGUGAGGGAGCGUCGGGGAGGGGGUCGCGUGGCUAUCAGACGGGGAUGGGGAGGAAUAUUGGUGGCGAGAAGCCGACCUCGUAUAGUACGAGUUCGACUACGGGGACGAGUUCGAAGCCAGGGACUGGGGGGUGGAAAGGAGCGGCGAAGAGGUUGGCGUCGAGGCUUCCGAUGGGGAAAGGCAGCGGCGAUUGAGGGCGAGGGUGAGGGAUAGGUUGGAUUUGAAGGCGGGGAGUGGUUUGAAGGAUUGGGAGAUGGGAUGAUAUUUUGAGGUUUUGAAUGGAGGGUAGAUGAUGUAUAAUUUAAUUUUCAGCUGAUAUUAAUAUUCUGGUGCAACGGCGAGGCUUUGAAGGUGAGGCCGUGAGGCU